CAAUUCCCCGUUUCCAUUCCAAGAGACUUACUACGGCCACUUAAGACUCCGCAACUGUACUAUCACCAUACCGGCCUUGAACUCUCGUCUUUCUAGCGAGUACCAACCUUCUAAGUACUUCUUCUCCGUACUUUGUCGCCCGCAGAAGGGCCCGAAAUUCAAACAGUUAUCUGUCGCACCUAGUCAACAUCUAACGGGGCUCUAAGCUCUGCGGGCACACCAUGCCGGGCGCGACGACCGAUGGGCCGACCGUCGCCCUUUCCUUUGCCAACAACUUCUGGGGCAAGGAAGACGCAGGCGUCGGCCCCCUCCUCGAGCGCAUGCAUGCGGCGAAACAGACAUGCGAUGAGUUACGAGCUUUCUACAAUGCCCGAGCCUCGAUCGAAGACGAUUACUCCCGGAAGCUCUUGUCGCUAUGCCGGAAGUCGCUGGGUUCCCAGGAGAUGGGCAGCCUCAAGGCUUCGCUUGACGUGCUUCGUGGUGAAGUCGAGAUGAUGGGGAAGCAACACCAGAACAUUUCAGCACAGAUGAAGAGCGAGCUGGAGGAGCCGCUGGCUGCCUUUGCUGGGGGGAUGAAGGAGCGGAGGAAGAUCGUGCAGAAUGGGAUCGAGAAGCUGCUGAAGGUGAAGAUACAACAAACUCAGAUGGUGAACAAGACCCGAGAUCGGUACGAACAGGAAUGCCUGAAGAUCAAAGGCUACCUUGCUCAGGGCCACAUGGUCAUGGGCCAGGAGGAGAGAAAGAACAAGGCAAAGCUGGAGAAGACGCAGAUUAGCCUCGCGGCGUCCAACACCGAGUAUGAGAACGCGGUCAAAGCCUUGGAGGAUACGACAGCUAGAUGGAACCGCGAGUGGAAGGCCGCGGCAGACAAGUUCCAGGACCUCGAAGAGGAGCGUCUCGACUUCACAAAGAGCAGUCUCUGGACGUUUGCAAACAUUGCCUCAACAGUUUGUGUCAGCGACGACGCUUCCUGCGAGAAGAUCCGCCUGUCCCUGGAGAACAUGGAGGUCGAGAAGGACAUCGUCAACUUCAUCAGGGACAGGGGCACUGGCCAAGAGAUCCCCGACCCUCCCAAGUAUAUCAACUUCUGCCGUGGCGAUUUUGAUGCUCAGUCCGAAGUCUCGGAAGACGAUAGUUACGCGGUGGCGCAGUUCCCACGGAGUAUCAACCCUGCGUUCCGCUCGUCGUCGCCGCAGCCAUCAACCUACGAGUCCCAUCACGACCCGAACUCGACCCUCGCGAGAAACCUAGGUCACAUCGACCCGGGGACUCCGCCUAGUCGCGAGGCGACAGCAACUCCACAGAAGUUGCCCGUGAUGCCCCAACAGGAACCCGAAAGGUCGAGACAGAAGCCGCCGUCUGGCUAUCAACCGCCGAGGGUCAACAAUCUGGAAUACGACCCUUCUGAGUUUGCUCCAGUCCCACAUGAUCCCUACCCGCUCGAGGGCAUGACAAUGCUUUGUCGCCCCUCGCGCCCAACGGCGGCCGAUAUGCGACCGACGGGCUCUGAUUUGAGUAGCGCACCUUCGUCGCACCGGCCCUCUAGCAGAGACUCGCACAGCGAAUACUCGAAUCCGACCUCGUUCUCGAGCCAGGAUCCUCCUAGCGGAAAGGUCUCACCGGCGGCCAGGCAUGUGCCACAAGCUCCAGUUGUGGUGCACGAGACGAAACUUCUUAAGAAGAAGAGCGGCUUCUUCCAGAACCACAGUCCCUUCGGCCGCAAGAAGAGCAUGAAGGAGGUUGCUGCUCCUGCCAACAGAAAUGGCUACCAGGCUCCCAGUAGCCAAGGUCGAUCUCAACCUCAGUUGCAUGGAAGAGAUAGGCAGAACUUGCUUCGGGAGCGGACCGCCAGCCCUGACCCCAUCGAUGCCAAUGCCAGCUUGGCGCUGAAUGUCGGGCAGAAUGUGUUCUCGGUCCAGACGCCGGAUCGCCAGCCGAAGUCGGCUGCACAGCUGCCUGCCGACGAUGACCCCAUUGCUCUUGCCCUGGCGGAACUGAAAGGUGUGACUGUCGGCAAGCAAUCUACGAUGCGAAUGUCUGCUGAUCAUUACCACGGCAUAGCGACCCCAGCCCCUGGGUCGCAACCCCUUUCACGAUCAGUUCCUGUGCCGGGAGGCAACGGAGCCGUGGGAGCAGCCACACGAGGAACUCCGCCGCCGUCCUACGAUCAGCAAGUCCAGAGGCUGGGAGUGCCUCCGCCGGCAGUAACAUCCAAGGCCAUGAAGGAGUCGUCCCAGAGGUUCCAAGAGCAGACGCGCAACAUGUUCAGUCCCAACCGUCCCGGGUCCGGUGGUUACGGCGGCGGAGCAGCCAUAUCACGUCCGGGAACCCGAGGAAACGAUAUGCCGAGGGCUGCAUCCCCGGCUCCACCCAGGAGCACAUCCCCACGACCGGGAUCAAGAGCCGACUACCAGCAGAGCCACCGGUCCGCAUCGCCAAAUCCCUACAGCGGCAGCCAGAGGGGCGCGUCUCAUGCGUCCGUGACUCCCAAGCGUGGCUCCGACCAAGGAUACCGCCAUGCCUCGCCCAACGACAUGGCUCGCUCGGCCUCGCCGUCCCCCUACGGCGGCGGCAGAGGCGAUUAUGGCCGAUCUGGAAGCCGACCUCCUGUAAGUCGGCCAGGUAGCAGCCAUGACAUGGCAAUCCAGCUGGCGGCAGGACCAGAAGAGAAUUACGGAUCUCAGCGGGGGCGACACGGCAGGUCGAACACCAGCUCGGGAUCCAGGGCGAUGAGCUUCUACGAAGGUAGCGGGGCUAUGCAGCCAGCCCCGAGACAGCGCAGCAAGAGCAUUGUGGAUCCGAGCCGCCAGUACACCAGAGAUGGCCGUCCUAUUCUGCACUUUGCACGGGCUGCCUACAUGUACCAAGCAGCCAUCCCCGAGGAGCUUAGCUUUGGCAAGGGAGACGUCCUGGCUGUCCUCCGCCAUCAGGACGAUGGGUGGUGGGAAGCCACAGUGCAGGGAGGGAACGGGCAUAUUGGGCUGGUUCCCAGCAAUUACUUGCAGCGCCUGUAAGAAAGGAUGGAAGGAGCGUUGAGACCUGAGUCACAGAGUCUGCGCCAUGUUGCCCAUGUCAAAGCAUCAAAGGGGAGUUGGGUCUAGGCCUGCUGCAUAUAAUCUUUGACCUCUUUGUAUUUCGAUCUGGAACUUCUUGUUUAGGUUCUGUUGCACUGGGAAAUGCAUGUUUCGAGUGAUGUACCUCUCGGCUUCAGGUACAUACCUGGUUACGCACAAAUUGAAUGAUGGCUUUGGGGUAUCUAUUAAUAUGUGUUCGCGAGACGCUCCUAAGUUCUUUCCAAACUUCUUCCAACCUGCCUAGUUUCUUCCAGUUUCUUGUGCCUAGAUAGAAGGCAAUCCGAUACCUACGUACCUACCCACUUGCUGCUGGUGGGCCAGAAUGGAUGGGCCUGAUGGGGAAGUGGCGGCAGACCCUGGGCUGGGGAAGUGGGG